AUGUUUGCACUUCAAGGUGACUCUUCCAAUGACAGAAAUUUCUAUGGUCCUGUUUUGCAGAAUCCACGACUCGGAUGGGGAGAGCCUUAUACUCCAUCUCCCCUAUCUCCGGGGAUGCCAUUACCCAGUGACCCUUUUACAGAUUCAGCUCCAGCGCCAUUACAACGUUAUCAGUUUCAUCAAGGCGCAUAUAUGCAGGAUAAUCAGCAAAUGAUGGCCUUGCAGGAUCGCUGCAAGGCACUGGAGAUUCAGGUCGUCAAGCUGACUACUGAGCGUGAUGCAUUCCAGUCAAUUUUUCAACAGCUUGCCAGUGCACUACAGCAGUCUGGAAACCCUCUUACCUUUGAUCCUACUUUCCCUGCCCAGCUAGGUAGCAAUGAUGCUAAUCGCCCCACGCCUCAAACACAUCCAAAAGUUCGCUUUUGGAACCAGAUCGACUACAUUGAAUGGCUCGACACUUUCAUGGGCCGACUCUCUGACCGUGGAAAGUUAGGCUACCUCGAGCAUGAAAAUGGUGGUUCAAUUCCCGCAACUAUGGUCAAGGGUAUUCAGAAAGCCCUCCAUGCUGGCUGGUGUGAACUAACUAAUCGCAAACUUGCCCCAAAGACUUGGGGUGUUUUAUCUGCCUCCGGACGAAAGCUCAUUCACACCCUGAUGGAGGACGCCUAUCCCUUGCUAAAGUUUGCCAACGAUGGAUGGAAAUUAGAGUACCUUGCCAGCACAUCAUACUCUGCUUGGCGUAGAACCUAUCUCACUGACAACGGCAACUGGAAGUUGAAGAAUCACGGCAACGAGGAUGAGGAUGAAAGUGAUGAUGGAAACGCUGGUGACUCGCAAACCUUGAGCUUAAAAGGUAAAAAGUGUAAGAAGGCGAAAUUCUCCAUCAAGUCCAAAGUCCCUCAAAAGAAGAUGAAAGCUGAUUCCGAGUCUGCUGAUACAAUUCUACCGUGGAUAUCAACUACCAAUACACCAUCAUCAUCAACUUCAAUUGCAAAUCCGCUGGCAGCACUUGCUCUCGCAGCAUCACAAGUUCAGUUGCCACCUCUUCCUCUCGAACCUGCCUCUUCCCCACUCCCUUCUGCACCCAACGGUGCCAAUUCUGAGGCGAACACUCAAAAUCGUGCUGGUCUCCCCACCACGGACAACGCUAAUGCUUCAAAGGCUACAACAGGAUCUACCAAAAUCAGCACCAAGGGUAAGAUGCGUCCGAGCAGUACUAAAAAUGGACGCAACUUGUGUGCCCAACGAUGGCUCAAGACAUUGAAGACAAAUGGAACGACUGAGGAAUUUUGUGCUUACUAUGGAGAUCUCACACCAGGCUCAACGAAAGAUGUACAUGCUUUGAUUUGUUUGGUACGACAGGCAUAUGAUGACGAGUCAGCGUCACUGGUUGCCAAUAACUCCUGGAACAAGAUCACUUACGAUGGAACAAUAUACUAG